GUUUUCUCAUUUGCUUCUCUUGCGUUCUUCUGUCUCAUUUUUCCUUUUUUGUCGUGAUUCCUUCUGCUCUUUUUUUCUUGUCCUGUUGGUGUCUCCUUCCUCCUCUCUCUGUAGAAGAGGACUGGAAUGAUGGACAGUGAUGAUUUCAAAGCUUGCCUUAUCUCCAUGGGUUACAAUCUGAGUGAAACGGAAUUCGGACGCAUCAUGAACAUCGUUGACCCCAACAACAUGGGUGUCAUCACGUUCCAGGCCUUCCUGGACUUCAUGUCUCGAGAAACCACAGACACGGACACUGCUGACCAAGUCAUGGCGUCGUUUAAAGUUCUAGCUGGUGAUAAGAAUUACAUCACAGCUGAAGAACUGCGUCGUGAGUUACCUCCAGACCAAGCGGAAUACUGCAUUGCUAGAAUGGCACCCUACACCGGGCCGGAUGCAGUUCCAGGCUCCCUGGACUACAUGUCCUUCUCCACAGCACUCUAUGGUGAAAGUGACCUCUAACUCUGCAUCUUUUGUAUGCAAACCAGUGUCUGCUCACCUCUAUUUGGCUUUAAACUAAAGAAAUUGCGGAAUGUCUGCUUGAGCUGGCAAGUGCAGUUUACAGAAGAAAUAUUUUUUUCUUCAGGCAACUUCAAAACAUAUUUUAUUAUAGAAAUAGGUAUUUUUCUCAAAACGUUCCAAAAAGAAAGAAUCGAAAUGCACCAUUUACUUUUGUUGUGAUAUCCGUAGUUAAGCACAAUGUUGCAUUCCAUGAUUUUCUACUAAUGUACACAUUUUAUGUAUAUGAAAUAAGACCACAUUGUAACUCACUGUUGCACAAAAUUAAGCAAGUUCACUCAUUACACUGCAUAAUAAAGGAUUUAUUUUAUAAAUAA